AUGCGCUUCUUCAUCUCUCUCGCUGUCGCCGCCAUGGCCGCCGUCGCCGCGGCGAACAGCAAGGCUAACCCCUUCAGCAUUCCCGUCGAGGGUUACACCUUCAAGGUCGGCGAGCCUACCGCUCUGAAGUGGGAGCCUACCACCGACGGCACUGUCAGUUUGAUCUUGCAGUGGGGAGCCGUGAUCAGCGGUAACUCCGGCACUGUCAUUGCCUCGAAUAUCGAUAACGACGGCAGCUACACAUGGGAUGUGCCCUCCAAGCUGGCCGCCCAGCCAGACUACACCAUUAAGAUCGUCUCGGACGAUGAUAGCGACGACUACAACUACAUCGGCCGUUUCACCGUCGAGGGCUCCACCGUUCAGGUCACCUCUACCUCUUCCACUGCCAGCUCGACCACCGCGUCCACUUCCACUCAGUCAUCCACCGAGUCAUCUACCUCGACCACCCACACCACUACCUCGGAGAAGUCGACCUCGACUUCUUCGGCCACCACCACCAGCUCCCCCACUACUUUGACCACCGCUUCCAGCAAUGCCACCAGCACUGCCACCAGUACCUCUGCCUCCGCCACCGAGUCCUCGGCGAAGUCCACCUCGGCCAGCGCCAGCGGUAGCGCCAGCUCCUCGAGCGCUGCUAGCUCCACGCCCGCAUCCCAGAGCGCCGUGCCCACCACCAACGCCGGUAUCGCCAACCGUGUCUCUGGUGGCAUGCUGGCCCUCGUUGCCGCUGCUCUGAUGCUGUAG